AUGGAAGAACGCAAAGGCAGCGACACGCUGCAGAUCGCUGAUUUCCAAUUUCGCCGAUGCCCAGCUUCACGUGACGGCUCAGCGGAAAUUCCAGGCAGCAGCGCAGCAGUGAAAUUGAAUCAAAGUGGGCCAGAGUUGGUGUUGGACGGUCGAGCCACCCGAUUUCAUCUGAAGCGGACUGACAGCUUGCGCAUGAUGCUGUCAAGAAGCUUUGUGCGCUCCCUCUUCCGUCCUUCCCACGUCACCACACUCGUUCGGCUCGACCGAAGCCGCAAACAAGCCGCUCAACGCGAUCGAAUUUCAAGCGCAAAGCGUUCGGCUCACCCGCACUGGAAGGAGGAGCUGACACACCUCGUGCAAACAUCUUGA